CCACCCAAACUGCGCCAGAAUCACCCAAACUGCGCCAGAAUCACCCAAACUGCACCAGAGGCACCAAAUCCCCCCAAAACUGCAGCGAAACCCCCGCACCGGACCCGAGAGCCGCAUCAAAUCUGCACCCAACCUGCCCGGAAUCACCAAAACCCUCCAAACUGCCCCAGAACUGCCCUCAAACUGCGCUGGGACCGGCACCGAGACCUCACCGAAUCCGGCACCGAAACCUCGGGAAACUGCACCGAAAUCUCACCGAAUCCGGCACCGAAACCUGCACCAAAACCUCGCUGAACCCCUGGAAGCCUCUCCAAGAGCUCACCGAAUCCGGCAGCGAAUCCGGCACCAAAACCCACACCAGAGCCACCACCAAGAGCAGCACCGAAUCCUCAGGGAAACCUGUGCCGAAACCUCACUGAAUCCUCACCGAAUCCUGAGCCAAGACCUCACCAAAACCUGCACCGAAAUUCACACCAGAGCUACCGCCGAAUCUGGCACCGAAAACCCCACCGGAGCCACCACUGAAACCAGCACCGAAUCCUCAGGGAAACCUGCGCUGAAACCUCACCGAAUCCUCACUGAAUCCUGAGCCAAGACCUGCACCAAGACCUCACCGAAACCUGCACUGAAAUUCACACCAGAGCUACCACUGAAUCUGGCACCAAACACCCCACCGGAGCCACCAUCGAGACCUGCACUGAAUUGUGCACUGAAACCUGCACCAAAACCCACACCGGAGGCACCACCGAAACCUGCACCAAAUCCUCAGGGAAACCUGCACCGAAACCUCAGCGAAUCCUCAGGGAAACCUGCGCCAAAACCUCACUGAAUCGUCACCAAAUCCUGAGCCAAUACCUGUACCAAGACCUCACUGAAACCUGCACCGAAAUUCACACCCGAGCUACCACUGAAUCCGGCACCGAAACCUGCACCAAAACCUGCACCAAAACCCACACUGGAGCUACCACUGAGACCAGCACCGAAUCUCAAGGAAACCUGCCCUGAAUCCUCACUGAAUCCUCACUGAAUCGUGAACCACGACCUGCACCAAGACCUCACCAAAUCCGGCACCGAGACCUCACCGAAUCCAGCACCGAAUCCUCCCCAAACCCCCCCGUCCCGGGGGGAUGGAUCGGUGCCCCCCGUUCCAGAUGUGGCGGGACUACCUGGGGCUGGCGGCGGCGGUGGCGGCGCUGGCCCGUGCGCGGCGGGAGGAACCUGAGGGUGAUGCCACCACCAGGACCCCCACCACUAUCACCACCAUCACCCCCACCCCCACCACCACCGGCACCGCCGCGGUGACACCGGCGUCCCCCGGCCCCCCCGGGCAGGGGGUGUGCAGCUUCUGCCGGCGCAACGGGGAGGCGGUGUCGGUGUGGCGGGGGCACAGCCUGCGGGACGCGGGGGGCCGGGUGCUGUGCCCGGUGCUGCGCGGCUACGUCUGCCCCCAGUGCGGGGCCACGCGCGAGGGGGCUCACACCCGACGCUUCUGCCCCCUCACCCGCCGGGGGUACGCCUCCGUCUACAGCCGGCCCCCCCCGGGGACCCCCCCCACGCACCGCGGGCCCCACGCGCACCCCUAGGGGGGCU